UGUUAUGUAGCUGUUAUUGCCACUGCUGUCAUGUCUCUUGCCGUUAGUCUGCCGUAACCCCCGCAGCUCAUGCGAGAGAAAGAUUGUGUCUGAACAGAAAUACGGUGGGGAAGCUCUUAUCGGACUUUUAACAGGGACGGGAUCAAUCCAACGGUAUAAGCAGCGUUGGGAUGAGUAGGACAAUUCAGACAUUCACAGCGAUGAGAUCGUAUGCUUUCCAGUAUCCUAAAACUAUUGCUCUGCUCACAGUAACAGGAGUGGGACUUUUUGGUGUGAAGAAAUGGAUGGCGGGUAGAAUAUGUCGCAGCAAAGCCCGGCUGGAUGGAAAGACUGUCUUGAUCACUGGGGGCAAUACUGGAAUUGGCAAAGAAACAGCUGUUGACCUGGCUAAAAGGGGUGCAAAGGUCAUUUUGGCCUGUAGAGACCUGGACAGAGCUAAUAAAGCCGCAGAGGAUGUGAGGAAGAGGAGCGGAAAUGACAGCGUGAUUGUCAAAAAGUUGGACUUGGCAUCUCUGCAGUCAGUGCGACAACUAGCCAAAGACAUCCUCGCAAGUGAAGAGCGACUGGAUGUUCUCAUCAAUAAUGCGGGUGUUAUGGGCUGUCCAAAAUGGCAGACUGAGGACGGCUUUGAAAUGCAGUUUGGGGUGAACCACCUGGGUCACUUCCUGCUGACAAACUGUCUGUUGGAUCUGCUGAAGAAGUCAGCUCCGAGCCGCAUCGUCAAUGUCUCCAGUUUAGCUCAUGAGAGAGGUCACAUCUAUUUUGAUGACAUAAAUCAAGAGAAAGAAUACCGCCCUUGGAAGAGCUAUGCACAAAGUAAACUGGCUAAUGUCCUCUUUACCAGGGAGCUGUCCAACAGACUACAAGGUACCGAGGUAACAACAUACAGCCUCCACCCUGGAGUGAUCCGGACUGAGCUCGGCCGGCACUUCUGGCCCACAAUGCCCCUGUGGAAGAGAGUUGUAUAUACGCCGCUCAUGUUCCUCAUCAAGUCUCCUACAGAAGGAGCUCAGACCACCAUCUACUGUGCUGUGGAGGAAAGUCUGCAGAACAAAAGUGGACUGUACUACAGCGACUGCGCCCCUAAAACAGCCGCCCCUCAGGGUCUGGAUGAUGACGCUGCCAAGAGGCUGUGGGAUCUGAGUGCCUCUAUGGUUGGUCUGACACAAUCAAAGUGACAUCGACAAUGACGAUGAUCGUCAUCAUCACACUACCAGUCGACUUCCAAGUGGCCUGAGGAAAUACCGGUGGUCUUUCUAAUGAGCAUCUGUGUGGCUACUAGCAGCUGAGCUCCUGCUUAAUGUGACAAAAAAAACAACAGAAAUUCACAAGUGAUAGACAUUUAUUUAGAAUAUACAACAAACUACUUGCAAAAAUACUAUGAAUUUUUUUUUUUGUUCUUAAACAGAAGCAAUGCUUCACAGGUAAGUUACAUGGAAGCUGUAUGAUAUUACGUUUUGAUUGCCAUUAGCGUGAAAUGACAUUUUAAUUGACAAGUUUCACCAAUGUCUCAUGAAAACUGUUGACUAGGGGCUCAAAUGUCAUUCAGUGUUUCUUGAAUUCAUCACAUAAGAAUUUCAUGUGUUUUGAAAGUUUUUUUUUUAACACUGUUAAUGGCAACUUUUUGAUUUUUUUUUUUUUUUUUUUUCCUCCUGGGCAAUAAAGUGCUAUUAUACAUAGCCCAUUGGUUUACCUGAUUCUUAAGGCAUAUUGUUCAUUCAUUCACAUCACGUGUAUUCUGGGUCUUCAUUUUGUUCCAUGUGAAACCAACGAUAUUGAAAUAA